UUGCUCGCUUCCGCUGCGGCAUUCGCCCCUGUGCAAGCAGGACAAUCGGCUCAAUCAUGGAGAGAAGGGAAAUUUAAAACGUUGGUAACGUUCGGUGACAGCUACACCGAUGAGAAUCGCCUCGGUUACUUCAUUCAAAACAACUUCACAGCACCACCUGUUGGAUGGGAUCAACCCGGUCUUGCCACUGCGUCAGGUGGCCUGUCUUGGGCUCGAUACGCGAGUAUCUAUUCUUCAGCAAAAUUGUUCAACUACGCUGUCUCGGGCGCUGUAUGUUCCAACAACAUCACUCCACGCGCGCUUUCUCCUGGUUUUGAUUUUCCAGACAUCGAAAGUUACGAACUCCCUGCUUUCAUCGCAGACUCCAAAUACAUUCUACCUACCACUGGCAAGCCAUUCUUCACCGGGACGCAAGAUUCAACAGCGUACGCAAUCUGGAUUGGAACCAACGACAACGGAAAUAAUGCCCUGCUUACUAAUUCUCAGCUACCUAAUAAAACAGUCUCAGACUACAUUGACUGCGUAUAUAACACAGUUGACAGUCUUUACAAGAACGGCGGCCGCUACUUCGUCAUCCUAAAUUUGGCGCCUCUUGAUCUGCUUCCCCAGUACCAGGACCCUUCGCAAGGCGGUCUUAGCGAAACGCAAUUUUGGCCUGCGAACGGCCGUAACCAAACUGAUGUCCAUUACCGUAUGGAGAAUACCGUCGCAGCGUUGAAUGAUGUGUACAAGUACCGUACGCCCUUCAUCGCCCAGAUCUCGAAGCACUACCCGGGCGCCAAAUUCGCAAACUACAAUGUGAAUGGCUUGAUGACCGAUAUCCAUUCCAACCCUUCUCAGUAUCUGAAUGGCACUGCACCACUAAACGUUACGGGGACUUCCAAGACAUGUGCGACUGCCAGCGGCCAAAAUUGCACGAUCAACACUAGUCCCGAUAGCUUCAUGUGGUUUGAUGCGCUGCAUCCAGGCGAGCAAACAAGCAGGAUUGUUGCAAGGGAAUUUGUGAACGUCAUUAACGGAAAGGGCAAAUGGGCGGAGUACUGGAACUGAGGCGAGCACGCGCGAUUUAAAUAGGCAUCACAGCUUCCUAAUUUGAUGGCGAUUCCUCUCCAAUACCGAUACCAUCUUCAACGGGUAUGGCUGCUCUAUGUGGUGUUUAGGUCUUGUAAUGCAUUUAGACCUUCGUUGUGACUCUUACUCGCAAGGCCGAUGCACAACACAGUAGGAUGCAAACAUUGUCAUGCCAGAUCCACGCCUUGCCGCCAAUGAUCAUGAGUAUGACUGAGCCAUUGUUGAUGCAAGUCAGCAACGUCUCCGAGAAGGGCUUUGAUCUAUAGAUACAUGGGGCCAAGGCAAGCUAUGUAGCACUAAAAUUUACAUUGGUCUUAAGGAUAGGAUGGUAAUAUUGACGAAGUUAUGC